CACGAGCAGGAGUACCCACACUGCGUUUUCCAUUCGAGCAAAGAACCUGCUGUUGUCUCCGUGGAAACACACUCGCUCUCCUUCCUGUCGUCGUAGGAUCCGAAAUUAUAUCAUAAUACAAGAUAAUACAUUUUCAUAAUGCUAUGAAAUUCACAGUGGACAGCUAGGGGAAAAAACACCAGCGUUCUCCCAGCUUCAUGGGCAAGGAGGACAAGGAGGUGUUCUGCGACCAAAGUCCGAACUCGAAGGCACAAAACGUAGCUCCAGUGGACCCAGAAUGUCAGAAGAGAUACGCGGAGCUGUUCGAGCAACUGGAUUUGAAUAAAGAUGGCAGAGUUGAUAUCAGCGAACUGCGAAUUGGACUGGCGGCUCGUGGUUUACACCAUGGAGAGGCGGAAGAGAUAGUGCUAGAGAGUGACAUCAACCGUGAUGGCUUGCUGGACUUUCAAGAGUUCUCCCAGUACCUGCAGGCUCAUGAGAAGAGGCUAUGGCUCAUGUUCCACAAACUGGAUCGGAACAAAGAUGGGCAAAUUGAUGUGGGGGAGAUCCAGCACUUGCUGCACAAGCUUGGAGUUGAGGUCACCAAAGAACAGGCUGCCAGAGUACUGCAGAGUAUGGACAGGAAGGGCACCAUGACCAUUGACUGGAAAGAAUGGCGAGAUCACUUCCAGUUCAAUCCUUUCCACAACAUGGAGGAGAUUGUCCACUACUGGAAACACUCCCAUAUGUUUGACAUUGGGGAACAUUUGACGGUGCCAGAUGAGUUCUCAGAAAAGGAACGACGGUCCGGUCUGGUAUGGAGGCAGUUGGUUGCUGGAGCAAUGGCUGGUGCGGUAUCCCGGACAGGAACUGCUCCUUUGGAUCGACUGAAAGUUUUCCUACAGGUACAUGGUUCUGUGUCUCGUGGGACAAAUCUGUGGUCUGGGCUGAGAGGGAUGAUCCAAGAAGGUGGUGUCUUCUCACUCUGGAGGGGAAAUGGCAUCAAUGUUCUCAAGAUUGCUCCAGAAUCUGCAAUUAAGUUUAUGGCCUAUGAACAGAUCAAGUGGCUGAUCAGAGGCAGGAAAGAAGGUGGCAGUUUAAGAGUACAAGAAAGGUUCAUAGCUGGCUCUUUGGCAGGAGCUACUGCCCAGACCAUCAUCUAUCCCAUGGAGGUGCUUAAGACCCGUCUUACAUUGAGGACGACCGGGCAAUACUCAGGUAUGGCUGACUGUGCCAGACACAUCCUGAAAACGGAGGGAAUGCAGGCUUUCUAUAGGGGCUACCUGCCAAAUACACUUGGCAUUAUCCCCUACGCUGGCAUCGACUUAGCUGUGUAUGAGACUUUAAAGAAUGCUUGGCUUCAGAGGUACUGUGUAGACUCUGCCGAUCCAGGUGUUUUGGUCCUCCUGGGCUGUGGUACCGUUUCCAGCACCUGUGGCCAGCUGGCUUCGUAUCCGCUCGCUCUCAUUCGGACACGCAUGCAGGCACAAGCCGGUGCUGAGGGGAUCCCACAGAUGACCAUGGUGGGCCAGUUCAAAUAUAUCAUAUCCCGUGAAGGUGUACCUGGUCUGUAUCGCGGGAUUACACCAAACUUUCUCAAAGUCAUACCUGCUGUUAGCAUCUCCUAUGUGGUCUAUGAGCACAUGAAGAAAGUCCUUGGAGUGGGUUACUAAGGUGAGACCAGGAGUAAGAAUGGACAAAGGAAGCAAAGACUCAUACAACUUGUGGGACAAAAAGAAGAGAAGACACAAGAAGUGAUCCAUAAGAAAUGAUAGGAAUGCUAGGAAUGUUUGUGGAGCAUUGUGGCAUUGCUCCAUACCAGUGGUACAGCAGUUUGUUGGCCGUAUAUGUACUGUAUUUUGAAUUUUUAAAUGCUGCUCAUGCUACAUAAUAAGCGCAUGGUAACUGGGCAGCAUUCAAAGGAAUGUUGGAAUUCGUAGUCGACAGAAUGAAAAUGCAGCGUGAAUUUGAAUGACCUUUAUGAUGAACGGUGUAAAAGGCUGAAGUUUUUUCAUGCAAUGAAAUGUCUGCUGUAUGCUUUUACUCAAUGUUAGCAGCUGCUCCAACUUAUUUACUGGCAUGAAACUAGAACCUAGCUCUUUGUGCAUUAUGAAACGUUUACAUAGAUCAUUUGACUUGCAAUAUGUAGUACUUUAUUUUCAUACAGACUGAUUUGAAACGUUUAUUUCUUGCACUUAAGCUUCAGCCAAAAAAAUGCUAUUGUGUGUAUUUCUGCAUGGAUUUUUUUUUUACCUUAAAGGGACUGUACGCAGUGAGGUCCUCCAGCUGCCUAAAGGGCGCCAACAUCCAACGUACUACAAGCAUUAGAGUCGUCCCUCGCCACUUCAUGGUUCGAAUUUUAUUUAUUUAUUUUUCAUAAUAAAUAAAUUCAUAAAUUAUUGCUAUUUUGAGGUUACGACCUAUUAUUAAUUUUAUGCACAAUAUGCACAUUUAAUUACAAAUUUUACGUAUUGUUGGCCUCAGAAGACAAGAACGUGAUAUGUAGUAUUCUACACUGGUCACUAAGUGUCAAUAAUGUUACUCUGAUGAGACAGUAGCCACCGCAGGAAGUACGCUGUCCAGACAAAAACAAGGAAACUCUCCCAAUCCUAAAGUGUGAGUCUAUGUUAUGUCUUAUAUAUGUUUAAUAUAUUUUAUUGUCUGUUAUUUUGUCUACUAUAUGGGGUAAUAGGGCCACACGGUGGCCUAGUGGUUAGCAUGUUGGCCACACAGUCAGGAGAUCGGGAAGUUCUGGGUUCAAAUCUCCGUUGGGCAUCGCUGUGUGGCGUUUGCAUGCGUGUGUGGGUUUUCUCCGGGUACUCCGGUUUCCUCCCACAUUCCAAAAACAUGCAUGUUAGGUUAAUUGUCCAUGAAUGUGAGUGUGGAUCAUUGUUUGUCUAUGUGCCCUGCGAUUGCCGACCAGCCCAGGGUGUACCCAGCCUCUCGCCCCAAAAGGCUCCAGCAUACCCGCGACCCUGAGAAUAAGCGGCAUAGAAUAUUGAUGGAUGGAUAUUGCGUAAUACAAGUGUAAAGGUGACUUUGGGGGGUUCUUUCAUAUGUAGCGGGCUCUAAUAAUAUUUAAAAAAACAUAUUUGGAAUGUUGUAAACAGGUUUUUUUAUUCUCUAACUGUGAAAAUAUGCCAUUUACAAAGAAAGAAAUCUACAUCAUGGCAUAUCACUGACUUGUCACAGUUCGGUCUGGAACCAAUUAGCCGUGAUGAAAGAGGCAUUACUUUACAGUAUAUCCCGCCUCUUAACACACGCAAGCAUAUUAGUUAUGUUUGUUGUCAGCUAAUGAUAGUGAUUUGGGAAAGUUUAGCUACUAACGUUAGCUAUCACUGAAUGUAUAACACAUCGCAACAAUAACAUGAAUGGUAAUGUUGGCCGCUUCUCUGAGACUGCUUUAUUAUGCAAUUUUUAUGCCGGUUCAUUGAGAAUUGUGAAAAAUCCAAAGCAUUUUUUGUACAGUGUGUUCUUUUUACCGCUGCUACGUAGUAACAUCUGCCAGCCGGAUGUGGUGUCCUUGUCUUUUUUUGGUUUCAAAAAAUAAUUUGGAGAGAGGUUGUUUGUCUAUAUGUGCUCUGCGACUGGCUGGCGACCAGUCCAGGGUGUACCCCACCUGUUGCCCGAAGUCAGCUGGGAUAGGCUCAAGCAUGCCCCCCGCGACCCUAAUGAGGAUAAGCGGCAUAGAAAAUGGUUGGAUGGAUGAUUAGUUUGGAGAGAGUCGCCUACAGUCCCUUUAACUGAUGAGCAUACAUAUAUAAAUAUAUAUAUAUAUAGUUGAAGAUAUGUAAACAUGUACUUUUGGCUCUUUUCUCAGGACUACUCAUUUCAACAUCUGGCAGUUGUUUGUUUUGCAUUACUGCUUGUUUUAAAUGUCGGGGUAUAAUAGGUAGACAGGGUAGACAGGGUGUAAUGACAGAACAACUCAAAAAAGCAACUGAAUUUUACAGGUUAAUACUCAAUAUACAUACUGUAUGUAAUCAGAAUAUACAUGAAUAGAUUACAAUUUGAAAAAGCUGACAGUUUGAAAACUUCCCUGCUGAACUUUGUCGUAUGAAGCUUGCUUCUUCGUCUCUGAUCACCACACAGGCCCGUGCUCAUUUGUAAACAAGCCCCACACUGCUUUGUAUAAAAGCCUUGUCUUCUCAGGGAUGCUGUGACACAGUCCCUUGGAUUACCGUAAUGCAUCACCAGAAAGGGUAGAGCCUCUAGUUUCAGAAACCGUUGGAAUUAUUUCACCAAUGCAAACAGUUUUUUUAAAAAUAGUAUUGCAAAUUCUGUCUCCGGUGACACCUUUGGUGUUAAAAUGGUAUAAUGGUUUUAACGGGCUGCACUGUAUACGGCCCGCCGAGCCGUAGCUUGCCAUGUCUGCGUUAUACAGUAGUUGGAGCAGCUCUGCAACAGCUGCAUGUAAAGAGCUGAUAUCUCCAUAGACAAAGAAUGUUUUCUUUUAUGUCUUUGCAUUUAAUGCAAAGGCUGUGACUGUAUCUUCCGCACUCCGAUUGCUACUUGUAUUUUCUACCUACUCGAAACAAUGAAUGCCUGUCUCCAAUAUGUUGCAUGAUAUGUUUAAAGCAUGGAUGCUUGUUAUGUAGUCGGCUAGAUUUUUUUUCUUUCAUUCUUCUAAAUAUUUUAACUCAAAAGAAAGACAGUGAGAUUACUAAGCCUACAAAUACAUUGGAACCUCUAAAGUUAAACUGAAUUUGUUCAGAAACACUGAUUAACUUCCAAGUGGUUCUCUUCCAUAACGUUUCAGUUAAUUUAUUCCAGGUUCAAACCAUUAUAAUCAAAGUUAAUGACUAAGUAAAAGUGAAAUACGGGAAAGUGACGUUCAACAUGGCUGGUUUUGAGCUACCACAGGGGUUGGGAACCUUUAGCAUUAAAACAACAAAUUAAAAACCCACUUCGUUCACUGUAUCAGUUCCUUAAUUUCCUCAUGUGGUGUACAGCAGUCACUGUCAACCUGAAUAUGAAACCACUAUAAUUUGAAAAAUUAACCUUUUCAAAAAUAACAGCUGUUUCAGUUAUUUCUUUCACCUGGUUAAUGUGUUUUGUCCUGCAUAUUGAAAACGUAAUAAUAAAGAGAACAGGCCUGGCCAAUUUGGUGAUGCUCAUGGGCUCCAGACAUCCAGGAGUCAUUGACGACAACGGAUUUUCUUUGAAGUAUUAAAGGGAUAGUUCAGAUUUUUUGACAUGAAGUUGUAUGACAUCCCCGUCAGCAGUGUAGUGCAUCAACAGUCGGAUUUUGGUGAUGAGGAAUGUAGUUCCGGUUUGUUGGUGGGGCCACUUAGGUAAAGAGUUUGGCUUCUCAAAACAAUAUGCGUUCACAAGAGUAAUACAUUUGCGUCACAAAAAUGCCUCCUCGAAAAAAAUCAGACCUCACAACCGCUCCGCGUUACUUUCUCUCCUGUCGUAUCACUGCACGCUGUCGCCUGUCCGUUGUUGUGUACGUGUUCCAGUGUUUCCAUGCACGGAUGAAGACUGCUGCGACGUGAGACUCCCGAUCUUCAUCCGCUGUGGAACACAUACACAACAAUGGACAGCGUGCAGUGAUACGAUGUGGGGGGUAAGUCAAUGUUGAUGCACUACACUACUGAUGUGGAUGUCAUACAACUUCAUAUAAAAAAUCUCUUUAAAGAUGCACCAUGUCCACAUAUUUUUGGACCCCUAAAAAUGCAUUUACAGUACAAUGGAUCCCCCGCAAAUUCACUCACAAAUCACAAACCAACAGGAGGUUAUCAAACUAAAUGUUUCACGGUGCAGCCAAAAAUAAGACAUGUUGGGAAACUGACGUGUUUAACCAGAAUGCCUUGUGGGUUACGAAUUACUGGAUAAUAGUAUUGUUUUUUGAUGUUUCAGCGACUUUGCAGGGAACCAUUGUACAUUCAUUUUUAGGGGCUAGAAAUGUUUUGUUUUAAUAUGAUUUUUGUUAGCAUAUCAAAGUAGACAUUUACAUGCGUGUCUCAAUGGCUGGUGUUUGACGCCAUUCUUUAAAGUCUACUUAAAGUGGCUGUCAUUUCUAAAUAGUAAAUGCUAUAUUUUUGAGAAACUUUUGAGCUAAACAUUGUAAUUGCUUUCUAGUGCAAACCAAAUAAAGGCAAACUAAUCUUGGUUGUGUAACGGAUGCCAGCCUGUGAGGCUGUGCAAGUGUGUGUUGCUAAACCUCACUCCCUCUGCCUUGAGAGCUGCUCCGAACACGUGGUUGAUAGUCUGGGCUUUUGGUCAUGUGGUCAGCAAUCAUGUCCCAUUUCGUGGGUCCUGGUUCAAGCCCCGGUGCGGGCAGUGCGAAACAGAUGUAUCUUAUUUUACACUUGAAUGAAUAACUGCUGUAGUAUGCAAGAUUGUUUUUUUUUCCCCCAUACAGAAUAAAUAUACUAGUACUGUG